UUCUCUCCCUGAAUCUUUGGCUUCCUGAGGCAGGGGGUGCCAUUCUGGGAAUUCAGCUAUGGAGGACGAAGAGGAUGGAGCUUUACAUGCUGGUUGUGAUUCUUCAUAGGGUGUUGUAGAGAGGCUUUGGAAUUUCAGGUGAAGGUGAAUUGGCCAAGCUGAGAGUGAUGGAUAUACACCAGUACAUUGAGAUGGUGGGGAAGGCAAUGCGUUGGUAAUUGUGUGGAGUUGCGAGGAGAGGAGUUGAAUUAGAGGUGGGGGGCUUUCAAUCAAUGGCCGAUUGCCGAAGACCCGAUUUGAUGCGAACUCUGUCGUCUAUGCCUCAUAGGAAGUCUCUCCAGAGGCAGAUUUCUAGUCCUCCCCUUUGUUCUGGAGAAAAGGGGAAUGUUUUUUCUGCUUGGCAUGCGCAGGUAGAUAACAAAGGAGAUGGUGAGCUGCAAACGGAUGACGAUGAUGGUUCAUUGGGGCACUACGCUGUCGUGGAUUCGCCGCGUAGAAGAAUUGCCAGCGUACGUCUUGUUGCUCGACAUCCCGAAGUCUAUGAACCUUGCGACGAUUCAUUUGCAUUAGUGGAUGCUCUCUUAGCUGACAAGGUCAAUCUCUUGGAACGACAGCCAUCUCUGUGUUUGGAAGUGGGGUGUGGAAGCGGAUAUGUGAUCACUUCAUUAGCACUCCUCAUGGGAGGAGGGCACGGUACCCACUACAUAGCAACGGACAUUAGCAGCGCUGCAGCGCAGGUCACUUGCAAUACUUUAGCUUCCCAUGGUGUCGAGGCCGAUGUUAUAGUUACGAAUUUGGUUACAGGGUUGGAGAAGCGUUUAGCGGGUUCUGUCGAUGUGCUUGUCUUUAACCCGCCUUACGUCCCAACCCCUGAGGACGAGGUGGGCGCUGCAGGAAUCACUGCAUCAUGGGCUGGAGGAGAUCGCGGGCGUACUGUUAUAGAUCGUAUGUUAGCCAUCGUUGAUUUGCUCAUGUCCAGUAAAGGUUUAUUUUACCUUCUCACUCUUACGGCCAACAACCCCGGGGAAAUAUGUCAGAUAAUGAAGAAGAAAGGGUUUGCUUCACGCAUUGUCAUCCAGAGAUCUACCGAGGAAGAGAGCCUACAUGUUUUAAAGUUCUGGAGAGAGGAUGUGAAAGACUUAUCUGAAAAUGGGAGUCCUGCCACCCUCUCUAACUCUUUGUCGGCCAAGAUAUCCCGGCUUGCUUUUUGGAGAUAGUUGAGUGUAGGCUUGUCCAGCUGUUGCAAGCCUGCAAGUUAAAUUGAAAACACGAUCCAGGUUAUACACAUGGAGUGACUUUUGUAGAAACCUGAACAACCUUGUAAAGAUGUAGUUGAAGGUCCCGUCUGCGUGAAAUAAACUGACUGAGAGUCGGCAUCGGUCCAAGUCUGGUGGCAGCACUGAGAUCGAGGUAAUUUUGCAGUGAUUUCUAACCUCUUUCUAGAGCAUCAUCGAUGACCACAUUGACUUUUCGUUGACAUUAUUCACUUGACUGAGGCCACAAUUUAUGCAGUGCCCAUGUACAGAAGAAUGAUGCUAUUAGUUUGCACCCUCUUUUUGUAAGCUUGAGAUACAAUACUCAAUGGCCUGGUAGAAGGUGAUAUUAAAUCAUCCAAAAUUUUGACUCAAUAUACAAACUUACGAAGAGUAUAUAAACUUGGAGAUGC